GCCACAGCCCCCUCCCCCUCCUCCCUUCCCAUGCUAAUGUUCUGCUCCCUGUUGUCCCCACUGCCGACCGGCGGGCUCUGUCGGGCUCUCUCAACCACACUGCAGUUUGGCUACUCCGAGCAGAGGUGCUGCUGCUGCCGUGGCUCUAACACACACUCGUGUUCAGUCCUGCAGAUCAUUCAUACAAACCGAUCCACCACGUCCCGGAGCUGUUCAUACCUACCUUGCCGGCUUUAGCUACACCGACUUCAACACCGCUGCCGGUAGGGCGACAGGAAAAAAAAAGAGCGUUAACACCGCCGACCAACGGCUGACGUCUCUGUGCUCGAAAAGAGGAGGAGCCUGUUCGUUGAGCGAAAGAGGAGAGCAGUCGGUCGAGUCCGCGACUGCACAACCCUACAGUUGUUGUGGCACAACUCGCCAGUUUCUCCAUUGUUCGUAGAAAGCUGUGGUUAAUUAUACCACCCCGACCACAUCGGCGACACAUAAACACCUCCGGAAGAGUUUAGCAGCAGCUGGAGGAGGAGGAGGAGGCAGUCUGCUGCGGAUCCAGACUGAAAAUCGCGGGAACAUCGCAAGGCGACGCGAAGAGUCGUCGCUCCCUGUUCUCACAAUCAACAAAUACAUGGAAGGCCUCAAUCCCACGCAUCCUGCUAAAGAUUGCCGAAGAAUUCUGUGGUAAAUCCAUGAGCAGGAACCUUUCGGUUUGAAGGCAGCAAUGGAAGUUGUUGUGACAGAGGAGAAGAAGAAGAUUUUCCGUGCUAGGAAAACUAUGAAGAUCAGUGAUCGACAGCAACUUGAGAGUCUUCACAGCACCUUGUUGACAGCGGCCCCAGCUCUGUCUGAGGCACCUUCGCCACCUCUGAUGAACGGCACUCACAAAGAGGAUGGACAAAAAGUGGCGGACAAGGAGCAAAACAACAUUUCGGACUCUAACUCACCCCCCGCUACAUCCCCUGCCUCUCUGGCCUCUCUCAGCUCUCCUGCUCCGUUCCUGUCCCUAAAUCUGUCCCCUUCCCCUGCUUCUUCACAAAGCCCAAAAGCAAAGGAUGAAACUUCUCCAACAUCACCAUUCCACUCUCUUAACUUUGAACUGAAAAAGAUGCAGGACGAAGACGAUGAUGACGAGAAAAAAGGUUCUUCACCGUCUUCUCCAAAGGAGUCAGUUACACAAGCAUCAACAGAAUCUAAGGACAAUAAGGAAAAAGAUGCAGAGAUGAACUCAGAGGAGAAAAAGAAAGAGGCUGAAAAAACUGCAACAAAGGAUUCAGCUGUGGAUUCGGCAAAGGAUUCCUCUAAAGAUUCAGAUCCAUGUUCAUCUGCGGCUCCUCCAGUAACUGACUGCACAGAACCAAUGGAGACAGAAAAUGACACUAUAAAGGCCAAGGACUCAGAGGCCUCCACAGCUAAAAUAAUAGAUGAAAAUCCCUCUUCCCCGAAAUGUACCACUUCCACUUUUCCACCAUGUCCUUCUUCAUCUCGUCCAGCAUCGUCCUCUAGUGUGGAUGUAAAUCAAGAAAAGAAAGUCAAAUUGGAAAACAAAGAAGAGGAGAAAGAAAAAGAGGAUGUGAAGAAGGGAUCACUAAAAAAUGAGGCGAAGAUGGAGGUCAAUACAGUGAAAGUAGAGACCAAAGAGAUUAAAACUGAAGAUGGUAAAACCACAAAACCAUCUCGGCCGUCAUCCACUCCACCAUCCAGUACAGUAGUGCAAGAGGACAAGGGCUCAACCUCGGGACUGAAGCGCACUUUAUCAGAAGGUAAUGACAAAGAAGAACAAACCAUAAAAAGAGACGGCAAGAGACCCAAAGUGGAACGUGAGGAACUGGAGGCACAACUGGAACUUAAAAUCACUGCAAAAGCUGGCAGUCACCAUAAACUUGAAAAGAUUGUGCAACAGCUGGUAGAUGAACGGUUGAGAGCCUUGCAGGCGACCAUUUUUGACCAACAUUUCGAAGAGCUGAAGGACAGAGUGGACAAGAUCGACUGUGCCAAUAAACACCAAACUGCAAUUAACACACUCCAAGCCAAGAUAGCGCGGCUAGCAAAAAAGUUUGGGGAGGCCAAUCAGGCGUCAGAGAACAAGAAGAAAAAUGAGGCGCUUGCUGCUGCUGCCGCCGCCGCCGCUGCUGCUAAGGCUGCAACUGUCACAAACACCCCUCAAGCUCAACGGCUAGUCCGGACUUCCAUGGAGCUAAAGCAGACUCCAACAACUGUUUCUUCGUCCAACACAGCUGCAGCUCCACUCAUGUCAGCUCAGUUAGUUCCCACCGCUGCUCAAGUCACAACACCCACCUCCACUACCAUGGUGACACAGGCCCCCAUCCUCCAGCUGAUCACCUCCACCUCUAAUGCUGUCUCCAGCUUGGCCACUGGCAUCACCACUCAGAGUCCAACGGGCACCCUGCUCCUGAAGACGGCCUCUGGCAGUAGCAUGAUGACUACCGGCCAGCCGCUGCUUAUCCAGCUGCCUUUAUCAAUGGCUAACGGCCAGGCGGGAACACUGGUCAACAUCCCUGUUUCGUCUUUGUCAGCAGCCAGCUCGCUCAACAAGGUCAAAACCACCUCAACUGCUACUUUCAUACUCAAGCCCGCUCCUGCCAUCACCACAGCACCGGUCUCUGUGCCAGCUGCUGCCACCGCCCCAGCGAUGCAGGCCUCCACUGGCCAGAUGUCAUCUACCCAGAUCUCUCUUGCACGCGCUGUGUACCAGGGGGGAGCUGGAGGGAUAACUACACCCAAUGCAGGAGUAUCAGUGACCACAGCCAGGACGCCAGCUCAGUCUGUCUCAGUAGCAGGAGCUAUGUCUUCAGCCUCCUCACCUGCAACUUCUGGGCCAGCAGCAACAGGUUCCACUGCUCCAGGACCACCACAAGGGACGUCUCUGACAUCAAAGACAGUUGUGAUUGAUAUGUCUGCGAUGGAGUCAAGCCCUCACAUCAAAAAGGAAAGGACGGAGAAGAAUUUGAAUACUGCCGAAGCCCUGAAGAUGUUUCACAACUUGGACAGUGAUGAUUCUGAUGGAGAUGGGGAUCUAUCCGACCUCGGAAAUGAAAGCGAUCUUUCCUGGGUACAUGAGACCACCUCCUCAGAGAGUGACUCAGAGUGUCUACCGAGGAAAAAAAGAUGGCUUUCCCCGGCGGCUACGGCUCAAAGCGCUCAAGGCCUCCCCGAACCAGCUCUUGAGCCCACUGGAGUGCUCAGCCCACCACUGGUGUCAUCUCAGCUGAAGGCAGCUGUGGAAAAGGGGAAGGAUGGGACGGUGUGGUUGGUCCUUCAGCCAGACGGACUUCCAGGAUCGAGGCAGAUGCAAAAUGGCCUAACGGAAGCUGCUGGCCCCACAGCGCACGCAAAGAGCAACGUCAAGGAUGCGCUCUCUGCCUUUCUGUGUCUGUUUGAUGAUGGCAUGCUGAAGCACAUUAGGGACUGCACUGUAGCUGAGGCUCAUCGGGACCGCCGCAACAGCUCAUGGGACCUGACAGUGGCUGAACUCAAAGCGUUUAUAGCGCUGUUGUAUGUCCGUGGCGCGCAGUGCGCCAAAAAUAUCGAAUUCGACAGUAUGUGGUCUGAGGAAUGGGGCUUUCCGUUUUUCAGACAAACGAUGGCAAGAAAUCGCUUCAGGGAUAUAAUGAGGUUCCUGCGCUUUGACAAGAAGGAGACCCGGCGUGUGCGUUUGCAGGAUGAUAAGUUUGCCCUGGUGCGGGCCACUUGGGACCAGUUUAUCCAGAACAGUAUAGCCUGCUACAAACCCGGCAUCAACAUCACAAUUGCUGAGCAGCUGUUCCCCACAAAGGCCCGCUGCAAGUUCACCCAGUAUAUGGGGAAUAAGCCCGAUAAAUUUGGCAUCAAAUUUUGGUUGGCUGCAGAUGUCAACUCCAAAUACAUGGUGAACGGGUCUCCAUAUCUGGGGAAGGAGGAGACACAGAGCGCAGGUCAGAUUGUGGGUGAGAGUGUGGCACUGAGUCUGGCGGAGCCAUUCCUUGGGAAGGGAAGAAACAUUACCACAGGCGAUUUCUUCACGUCCCUAAAACUGGCCACCGCCUUACAAGCAAAGAAUACCAGCCUGGUUGGCACCAUGGGCAAACAAAAACGGGAGUUGCCCCCUUCCGUGAAACAGCAAGCAGAGCUGUUCAGCACAAAGGUGCUGAAGUGUGGUGAUGCGACUCUGACUGUGUACCAGGGAAAGCCAAGGAAGAAUGUCUGCAUCCUGAGCACCAUGCACACAGGUGUUGGCACCUUUAGUGGGGCAAAGGCAAAGCCAGAAUCUUUGAUGUACCACAACGGCACGAAGCAUGGCGUGGACGUCCUGGACCAGAUGGCGAGGGCAUACUCCGUCAAAGGCGGUACGCAAAGAUGGCCAGUGGCAGUCUUCUAUAACAUCCUCGACCUGGCUGGGAUCAAUGCCCACAUCUUAUUCAAGGAGUGCACCAGCAACAAGAUAACCCGGAGGAAAUUCCUACAGCAACUGGCAGAGGAGCUGAGGGCUGAACACAUGGAGGGGAAAGCGGCAGCGCGGCAGUUGGCACAAGGUGGGCCGAAGUGGAUGCAACCAAUGCAGCAGGCACAGAAACGGAGGCAGUGCCAGGUCCGAAAGGGCUGCAAACAGAACAAAACAUCAGACACUUGCAGCAAAUGCCACAGGCAUGUGUGUGGCAGUUGUGCGAGGAGAGCGGCGGUUAUCUGCAUAGAGUGUGACCAGUGAUCACAACAGUAUUGUCCCUAAAAGUACCUAUCUGUACUUGAUGUAAUUAGUCUAUAACAUUUGUAUUAUAUAAUUGUAUGUUGUUUUAUUGUUCUAUUGCCUAAACAUCUUUCUUGGCUCUUUUUUUCAUUUUGUUUUAUAUCAGCUUGUUUCCAGCUUUUUUCGAUUCUUCUUUUUUUUUUAUUACGUAUUAAGUGCUACAAUAUAAUGUUUCAUAAUCAAAUAACAUACUUUUGUUAAUUUUCUUGUUCUGAGUUUUGUGUAAAUAUAUGCAAUAAUUACAGUUUACUAUGUACCAUGACAUGAAUAUUGAUGAAUGUAUAAUUAAACUUGUUAAAAUGUACAUUUUGGUGUUAUUUCGUUUUUACAUAAAAAAUAUCACGACACAAUGAAUCACUCAUCACUCAUCUGGGUAUUUACACGAGAGAUUAAAGAGUUUAAAAUCUAGUGGUCCACAUGACUGCUUGCAGCCAUUCUAGUAGUUUUGGAGUUCUGGCCCUUCUAGUGUUUAUCUGGAGGAAAGAAUAAUGUAAAGGUGGAUGUUUGACUAUAGCCCUAUUUGCACAGGACUAGUAUUACCUGGGGACCUCAUGUGAUUUAGUAAUUUCACCCCACCACGUCUGUGUUUUGUGUGGCGCAUUUGCAUGGGAUAAGCAAAGUCUGUUUUCACUCAAAUUCACUGACAUUAUCCCCUGGAUAUGAUGUCAAGGCUCUGUGUAACCUCUGUAAAUGACAGAGAUGAUGAUUCGGAUGGAACUAAUAAUAUCACAUGACUUCCGUGUUUGGUGAAAUAUGAUAGGUAAUUUGUGGUGGAAUUUUUACUUUAUAAAUGACGGAGAUGACGGAUUCGCACUGGAUGAAGAUCACAGACGAUCUCCACAAUUAUCACAAAUUACUAGAGGUCCCCAGGUAAUACUAGUUCCAUGCGAAUAGGGCUUUUGUUCGGUAAAUUGUGCCGAGGUCCAGCUCAGUUUAUUGUAUUCCGUGUCUGCAUACCAUAUAUACUUCAUAUCAGACCCUAAGAAAUCCACUUGGCGUACUGUGGUCUGCAAAUUGUGUAGAUGAGAAUCUGAACCUCCCAAUGUGAAGAGUUGUGAGGGGUUU